AUGAAGACUACAGCACCAGACUCGACCUUACAACCCCUCCUUCCCCAACACUGCUCCCGACAUUCCGGCGCCUCGACGACGACCUCCUCGCGAAGACGCAAGCUCGGGCUCGUCCUUAUUGGCGCCUUUGGCGGCGUGGUCCUGUUCAUCUCCUACGAAGCACGCCACCCCGAGAUCUCUCGAGCUGUUCGCGGCGAAAGAGGUGUGGAGGUUCUGCAAAGGCUGGGACUCGAGAAGACCCCCGAGUCAAAGACUGAGGAAAUCAAAGAGGCGGAGGAGGAACGCCUCAUCAACACAUUUGACGAUUUCAAGCCGGAGACCCGCGACGCCUUGUCCAGCUUCGUCGAUGCCGUCGUGCGGGACUACAUCAAAUGGUGGUACUCCCCUAUCCUUCCAGGCGACUCGUCCUUUCCCUUGGCCUGCAGAAAGGUCCUCAACUCAUUCCUCCUCUCCGUCUCAAAUGCUUUGUACCGCAAACGCCCAGCCGACUCUUUCCUCGACUUCCUAACCAACACCAGCUCCAUCGCCAUUGUUUUCCUCUCCGAACUCUCCGCCGCCUUUGCCGAUGUAUCAGCCGAAUCCAAUGUGACUGCAGCAGAUGCAAUCUAUGAGUAUCUCGCCGAAAACCCCGACUCGAGUCUCUCCAGCCUCCUCAGCCAAACGCAGCAGGCGACCAAAUUUCGCAUGGUCGCCGAAGAUCUGCUCCAAUACCUCGACCGACAGACACAUAAAUGCGACCCUGCGCGCAUUUUCCUCCGGGAGAUCCUUGCAGGUGUCGUUUUGGAAACAUCAUUGCAAACGUGUUCCAAGCCCGAAUGGAUCAAUGGUUGGAUCGUGUACCUGCUCGAGGCUGGCGAGCCUGACUUCAGCCAGGCUAUUGACGUUGGUAUGCAGACCGGCCCGGAUGCCAACACUAUGAACAACAACCUCUUUGCGGACUUUGACGGCAAUGUCGGCAACAUUUCGCUAGCCAAGGGCAACCGCAACUCAUUUGACCUCGAAAAGUUUAGACGCAAGGAGUCUAUGCACAGGAAGAAACUGAGCAAAGCAGACGAGGAAAUGGAAGAGGCAAUGGAAGAAAUGAAGCGCAUGAACGCCCUUCUAGCUCAGGCGGAAUGCCAAUCUCCAAAAGAAAGCAUCGCGACGGCCUCUACAUCCGAGAAGCCUGCCCAGGCUGGCGAAGGCAGAGCUUCAAACGAAACCAAUGGCCAGCGUCCCAGCUCUACUUCGGGGGAGAUCUCCCCACGCUCAGAAACAUCCAUGGAUAAGCCAUCCGUCGACAAUUCGAGCAAGCGCGAGAGUUUGCAGUCACCCAUCACACCUCGAUCCACCGCCGAUAUGUCAAGCCGAGAGUCGUCCCCGAAACAGCUGGAGAAUGACACAAAUGGCCAGUUCACCACGUUUGACCAGAUUGUGCCACCCGCCAAGGACGAGCCAGAGGCGCCGGGCGAGGGCCCUCGCAAACCUCUCCUGACCCUGCACAAUGCCAAUAUUGUCCUGCACGACGAUGCGCCCACUGACAAUGCCCGCAUUCGGAGCAAGCCGACCUGGGACUACCUCGUGCAGAUAGAGCCUGCGUCUUCCCACUAUGCCGGCUGGAUGAUUGUGCGCAAGUACUCUGAUUUUGAAACGUUGCACGAGAUUCUGCGACGCAUAGCCACAAUCUCGGGAGCGACAGCUUUCACGGAACAGCACACAACGCUUCCCAACUGGAAGUUGCACUCGAGGUCGUCCCUGCGAGGCGAGCUCGAGCGCUAUGUGCGGGACGCGUGCUGGUACCAACCUUUGGCCGAAAGCGAGGGCAUGAAGCGUUUCCUUGAGAAGGAAAAUGGACACUCCCGUGGCGAGUCAAAAGGCGGGGUCCUCGGCUGGGAUGCGUUCAGUAAGAACAUGACAGAUGUGCUCUCGCUAGGGUCUAAGGGUGCGAUGGAAGGAGGCAAAGCUGUUUUUGGUGGCGUUACCGGAGUUUUCAACACCAUCGGCCUGGGGCCGCGGAGGCAGACGAAUGCCUCCAUCAGCGAAGUCCAGGUGCAGCCAAACCGCCUGUCGCUGGGGUCCGCGCCGCGCAUGGAAAGCACAACCAGCCUCAACAGUCAGGUCAUGUCGCCAGGGGCGUCUCGCAAGACGAGAGACAGCCUCGAUAGCCAGCGGUCGUCCAUUGUCUCGGUACAGCCCGGCAUGAUGGCACCCAUGGAGAGGAGACCCAGCUACGACUCGCGCGGCGAAUCGGAAGCCGAGGGCCUGAAGCCCAGGGUCGACCGGUGGGAGAGGGGCGUGCCGAGUGCGUUGGGCGGCAGCCGCGAGCACAGCCGCGCAUCGAGCUUGGCCGCGCUGCGAUCGCCUCUGCGGUCACCAUCGACGUUGAGCCUCGACGGCAUGAAGUUCCCCACGCCAGUUGACGAACAGCAAGCAUUCCAAUCUGUUCCGAGCAAUGGCGAAACGCACCUCAAGGCUCGUGAGCUGUGCCUGACGAGGGAAAACUCAUCCAACAGCGUCACGUCUCCGCUGGCCCAAACGCACACGCAGAAAGCGUCCGUGGCCAGCCCUACUACGCCCUCGGCGGCGGCAGCGGCGACGGCGACGGUGACAGCGCCGAAACCCGUUCGACAAUACGCGCAGUUGUCAGAGCAGGAAACACAAGUGGCGGUCGAGCUCGUGUUUGCCGUUAUCAACGAGAUGUACACGCUCUCCUCGGCAUGGAACAUUCGGCGCACGCUGCUGGCGGCGGCCAAAUCGUUCCUCCUGCGGCCCGGCAACCCGUCUCUUCUGUCGAUCCAGAAAAUGAUGCAGGAGUCGGUGAUCGAGGCCAACACGAGCGACGCGGGGUUGGCGCAUCACCUGCGCAAGAUGCGCGAGAACACAAUGCCAACGGAGGAAGAGCGCGCAAGCUGGCCAGCUGAGAUGACACUUGAGGAGAAGGAGAAGCUGCGGAUCAAGGCGCGGCGGAUGCUCAUCGAGCGCGGCGUGCCGGCUGCUCUCACAGGUGUCAUGGGUCAAGCCGCAACGACGGAUGCGCUGGGACGCAUCUUUGACUGUCUCCAGCUGGAGGAGGUAGCGCGGGGUCUGAUGUUUGGCAUUCUGCUCCAGGCCGUCAGGGUCGUGACGCAUUGA